AUGGAGGCAAUCUUAGCAAAGGUCACCCAGCAGGCUAUGAGCUAUGCUAUCCGAAGCGGUAUAGCAAUCACCAGCCACUAUGCGCUUAAGCAAUGUGGUCGACUGAUGAAGACGGUCGAUGGCCGAGAAAAGCAGGAACUCGCUACUCUGCAGUUGAGACUUGACUCUAAGAUCAAGAUCAUCUCACCAGCAAUCGACAUGAUCGAAUUGAUUGCGGCACGCGGAAACACCUCGCUUGAGUCUGCGGUGGGUCUCACAAAGUCUCUUCGGUGGGAUAUCCAAACGUUAGGUAGUCGUGUCGAAAAGGCCGUCGCUGAAGAGCAGCUCGCAAGAAGAGGCAGCUCCAAAGCAAAAUCACGCGAUCAGAACGAUGUCGAGCUCAAGAUCAUCAUCGACGAGAUGAAGAGGCUACUAGAGCGCAUCGAAGACGCCGUACCACUGAUCAAUCUGGCAAUCACUACAUCUGGUACCAGUCUCUCGACUACACUCCCAGCUACUGUAUCGCCAUCACGACUUCUACAGGCUAGCACCUUUCUCACUUCUGGCGAUAUGCAGUAUUGCGCAUCGAAGCCUAGGGCUCAGCAAAUUGGUCCGACCUUCACACUCUCCAUGUACAUGUUGUUCGCUGGAUAUGCGCAUCGAGCUCACGAAGAAGACGUGCGAGAGACGACGUGGAAGGAGGUCAUGCACAAGGCGCGUGUCACACUAAUGAGAGUCCCACUAGACAACGUGUAUGACUAUCCGACGCCCUUGGGGCAGGACAGUCGACGAGCUCAUGAGGCUAAUCACCGUCACAUUCCAUCCGACAGCAUGUUGCAGGAGUUUGCUUAUCAGCUACUCAUCGUCGAAGACUUAGAUGAUGGCCGUAUGCAUGAGUUCGAAGACGACGAACCCCAGCCAGGACCAUAUGAUGGUGUCCAGCAAGCGGGCGUUCGUGAGAUCAUACCCAUACACGAAGUGUCCAAGAUCUUCUAUGCCGAUACGGGUAAGAUACUGAACAUUGGUUCCGACAACGAGAGCAACAACCCAAUAUUGUUGUUGAAGCGAGACGUCAAUGCAGCGCCACCUCGCCGGAUGAUGGAACGCGAUACCGAGGAACCUGGCUAUGAGUCGGAUGACUCACAUACAGCUGCUGAAGAUGAAGAUCCCGAGCAAACAGAGUUGGAAGAGCAACUGCGACGCGAGUCGACUCCACACCUUGAAGAGCCCGCUCCGCAAGAGCCUGAACCACCAACCUACCCCUGGCGAUUGCCUCCCACGCUCGAUCUUGAAUGGAUGGCAUUCGAAGUAUACAUCGAAGACCCCACCACCGACUCUGAGAUCGACGAAACAGAGGACUUCACGGAGGAUGUGUCAUCACCAUCCCCAGCAGCCACACCUACACCACCCGACUUCCUCGGCCGCUUCUCCAACCUUAAUCUCCGACCUAGCACACCUACUUCUCCUCAGCCGGAUUCAAGAAACCAGAUAAUUCCCUCUCCACAAAAAGCUUCCGCACCAACUCCACAAUACAAGCAACAAGCCCCGACGUCUCUACCCGCCAUCAAAACUUCGCUCUCGCUUCUGGAAAUGCUCAUCCGCUUGACUGCUCUCCAGCAAUUCCAGCAAUCUUCCCACCUCGCUAUCCCUGAUGAGUUCCUCAACUUCUUCCUCUCGGAUAGCAGUACAGUGGGCGCCGGUGGUGAUUCCGAGUUACGACGACGAGUGAGAAGGGAGGCCAGGAUGAGGGUGGGCUUCGAUCCAUACGAUGAGAGUCCGAUCAAGAGGAGAGGAGAAGAGUAUCUGGAGCAUGAACUGCACGAACACGGGCAUGAACAAGUGCACGACCACGAGCGAACUGAGUGGACAGAUACGCCCACUGCGAACGACGGUAGAGGUUACGAUUAUGAUAGCUAUCCCAUCGGUCAGCGCGGUUCAUCGCCCUACUCACGGUCACGAGGCGGUACACCAACGACGUUCAGCUCUACGCCUAUUCCAUCUUCUGGUCAUCGGUCGAAAUCAUCUGUCGACAUCUCGUUCUCUGGACGGCAUAGUCUGGGUAAUGUCUCCUCGCCAAGCCCUCUCCUCCGACGAGCAACAACCCAACCGGGCCAACAUCUCAAUCAGAUGAAACAGCCCAACUUCUCGAGGAGACAGACGGGUGAUACAACGAUACCGCGUACGAGUAGUGUGCCGCCUGAUACACCACCUAGUAGUGUGGCUAGGCCGAAUUAG